AUGCCAAUAACCUUCUUAAGGGAGGAACACUGGUUGCACCUCCUGGACCCCGGGUCUUACCUGCUAGUGAUGUGCCCCACUAUAGACAGAGUCUUCCUCUCCGAGGUGUUGAUCGAUGGUGGCAACAGCCUCAACAUUAUAUUCACCGAGAACCUGAAGCGCAUGGCCUUCAACUUCGAGUGGCUUCUUCCCUAUGAAGACCCAUUAUACGGCAUAGUACCUGGCAAAGGAUCCUAUCCUAUCAGGAGAGUCAUCCUGCUGGUCACGUUCAGCACCCCAGACAACUACCGCACCGAGCACCUCACCUUCAACGUUGCCAACUUCAAGACGUCCUACCAUGCCAUCUUUGGUAGACCAAUGCUGGCGAGGUUCAUGGUUUUCCCAAACCAUACCAACCUCAUCCUCAAGAUGCCAGCUCCAAACAAUGUCCUCUCCAUCUUCGGUGAUGUUGAAACAUCCUACAAGUGUGACACGAAAGCCGUGUAG